CUUCAAGAAUGAGGCUGUGCGCUCUGGCGGCCGUCUUGGCCGUUCUCGUGCUGUCAGGACGGGCCAACGCCUUUUGUCCAGUCGGCUGUUUCUGCGACGACGAAACGCUUCAAGUGACUUGCGACGAAGCCAAUCUGGAAGUCAUUCCCAUCACCCUUAAUCCUUCCGUCCAGCGUCUGGUGCUCCGACAAAACAAGAUAAAGACCGUUGACGACACGGCUCUGCGCUUCUACGUCGAACUUCUCUACGUCGAUUUCUCUCACAAUAGAUUGGUAUCUAUUCAAGAUAGGACGUUUGAAGGUCAACGCAAACUCAACGAGCUCCGGCUGGAUCACAACAAAAUAUCCGUCAUAGGCAACGGCACUUGGCUGGGUCUCAGCCGCGAUCUGUCCAUCUUGUCGUUGAGAGAGAAUUACAUCAGCUCUUUGGAUGAAAGAGCUUUCGCCACGGCUGGAAGAAUCCGCGAACUGGAUCUCGGUCGCAACAGGCUGGAGCAAAUCCAUCCGCAGGCCUUUGCCGGCCUGCCCAACUUGCGGAUUCUCUAUUUGGACAGCAACAAACUGAGCUACAAUUCGCCACCGAGUUUCCCGGCUUUUUUAGCUCCGCUCCGACCGCUGGCCGAACUGAGUUUGGCCGGAAAUGACCUUCCCUGGCUGGCCGACGGCCUCUUCGGCGCCUUGUCCGAGCUCAGUCAACUGGAUUUGAGCGGAUGUGGUGUGCGCAACGUUUCGACGGAAGCAUUCCGGGGCCUGGGCCAACUGCGCGGACUGAAGUUUCACGACAAUUUGCUGUCGGUCGUUCCGACUCAGGCGUGGCCGCCCCUUUCGCAUUUGGAGGUGCUGACGCUGGGCCAAAACAACAUUUCCGUCAUCGGAGCGAAAGCUUUCAGCGGACUGGUUCGGCUGAAACAGCUGGACGUCAACGAUGCCGUCCAGCUGACGACGGUCGACGCCGACGCCUUGUCCGCCAAUCGCGAACUCGUUCAACUUCGGCUGACCAAUUGCAAGCGACUGUCCAAAUUGCCGGAAGGUUUCCUCGCCCGGUCGGUCAAUUUGCGUCGACUGGUGCUACGCGACAACGGACUGACUUCGCUGUCGGACAAAAUGUGGGCAGCAUCGGGUCCCGGUCAAUUUCAGCUGGUCGAUCUCGGUGGCAAUCCGUUCCAUUGCGACUGUAAAUUGCUUUGGCUCAGAGAUUACCUGCUGGGCACUUUCAAAACGAGUGUCGGCUCCGUCACGGUGACGCACCACAUGAAGAAACGCGACGUUGCCGCAGAGAGCCAGUUGCUGCCCAUGCCAACAGAAGCCGUUUGCGCCUCUCCGGUUCCAGUGUCCAAUAUGGCGCUGUCCUCGCUGUCGGACGACGAGCUGGGCUGCCGGACGUCGCUCAUGCGCUCGCCCCAGCUGGUGGUUGGACUGGUGGCCGCCGGCGCCGCCUGUCUGCUCGUCUUUGCGGCCUGCGUGGCGUGUCGAUUCCGCCGGCGGAUCAGGCAGUCGUGCUGCGGAGCUUCCAAGCCGCACCCAACCAAAGCCGAGGACGCGCGAACGCUGUCCAGCAAGUGGAAGCCGGCAUCUCCCAACACGUCGUGGGGCAUCAGCGCGCCGGCGGCUAUGAAUCACGGUGUCAGCCUGAUCGGUAACAACCGCGUACCGGAAUACCAGAAAGCCUGCUCGCAAGAAGAGGAAUGCUUCAUGCGGGCCGUCACACUCCACAACAGCCUCAAGCCGUUCCCAAGGACGGAAUUAUAAGACGAAACGGAAAGAGGGAAAAAGAACAAACAAAAACAAAAACGCGGACGGACCAGCUGAACGUUUCCAACGUCCACGACGAUUUUGGUUUGCAUUUUUUGUUUCGAGUUUUGGAUGUCGAGUCAGUUCGUCUACUUAUAUGACACAUAUAUAUUUGUAUAAUUUUUCUGUUUCAAAAGAAAUUUGUCAACAGUCCCUCCCCCCUUUUUCUCAUUGGCUCGUCUUUCUUUCCCCCCUUUUCUUCCCGUUUUACGCGACGUAGACAUUCCACGGAUUGGGGAUCACUUAGUGUCCAAUUUCUUCUUUAAAAAAAAACAAACAAAAAAAAAAACAUAAAAUGUAAAUCGAGUCAUGUCUUUAAUAGGUGAUCUCUGUUUGUUUUCUUUUUUUUUUUUUUUGUUUCUCGUCUCUUUCUUCUUCUUUCCCUGUCCUUUUACUCCUAGAAUGUUUCCGACGGAUCUUCGACAUCACCAUAAAAACACAAAAGAAGAAAUUACGAGAAAAAGAUUUUAUAGAAACUAGUCAUUGGUUCGACAAUGUGACCGUCAACGUUUUUUGUGUAAUAACUUUGUAUAGCGGUUUGAAAAAAUUCGGUGCCAUAGAACAAAAAUGCGCCAUACGAAAAAGAAAAAAAAGAAAAUAAAUAAAUACUAUAGA